ACGCCCAGGAGAAAUACCAGUCGCAGCUGCCGCCUGACCCGGGAGGGUAGGGAGGGCCCAAGCCUCCGAAACAACGCUGCAGAAGUGUCUGGGCGCCCAGCUGGGACUCUCAUUUGCGGGGAGGGGACUCUCUUCCAGCAUGCCCCACGUCCCACCAAGUGCAGCCAUUGCGCUGUGGCCGAGGCAGGAGUCAUCCAGCCUGCCUGUGCCAGCAGAUGGACAGAAGACUCUGAUUUGAAUAAAGUGCUAACAAGUGAUUGGCCUUAAUUUUUGUCCUUUGUAGCCUUCCCCAAACUCUCUUCUCAUCUUCUUUUACUGCAUUUAAGUUAGAAAAAUGAAGCAGUUGAAAAGGAAAAGGAAAAGUAAUUUUAGUGUACAAGAAACUCAGACUCUCCUGAAGGAAAUUACAAAAAGAAAAGAAGUCAUUUUUUCCAAGCAGCUCAAUACAACAAUUAACGUGAUGAAGCGAAUGGCUUGGGAGGAGAUUGCACAGUGUGUGAACGCUGUAGGGGAAGGAGAACAGAGGACAGGAACGGAGGUGAAGAGAAGGUACCUUGACUGGCGAGCACUGAUGAAGAGAAAGAGGAUGAAGGCGAACAUUAAGUUGGUUGGUUCGGGGUUUCCCCUUCCCACAUCCGAUUUAGAUGACUCCCUCACUGAAGAGAUAGAUGAAAAGAUUGGAUUCCGAAAUGAUCCAAAUUUUGAUUGGCAAAACAUGGCAGAUUUCCGGGAUGCAGGUGGAUCCUUAACUGAGGUCAAAGUGGAAGAGGAGGAAAGAGAUCCCCAGAGUCCUGAAUUUGAGAUUGAGGAGGAGGAAGAAAUGUUGUCAUCAGUUAUACCAGAUUCCAGGAGGGAAAACGAACUUCCCGAUUUCCCCCACAUCGAUGAGUUUUUCACCCUGAACUCAACACCAUCUCGGUCUGCGUACGAUGAGCCCCACCUGCUCGUAAACAUAGAGAAACAGAAACUAGAGUUAGAGAAACGACGGCUGGAUAUUGAGGCCGAAAGACUGCAGGUGGAGAAGGAGCGCCUUCAGAUUGAGAAAGAGCGGCUGCGGCAUUUGGACAUGGAGCACGAGCGGCUCCAGCUGGAGAAGGAGCGGCUGCAGAUCGAAAGGGAGAAGCUGCGCCUACAGAUAGUGAGCUCGGAGAAGCCGGCUCCGGAGAACGAACUGGGUCAAGGGGAAAAGUCCAUCCUCCAGCCACAGGAUAUAGAAACAGAGAAGUUAAAACUUGAGAGGGAACGCUUGCAGCUGGAGAAAGAUCGGCUGCAGUUUUUGAAAUUUGAAUCGGAGAAGCUGCAGAUUGAAAAGGAACGCUUGCAAGUAGAGAAAGAGAGACUACGAAUUCAGAAGGAAGGCCAUUUGCAGUAAUUUAUCGAGGUCUCCGUUUAUCAAAUGUUUGGAAACCCUAGGUUUAGGUAAUACAAAAAUGGUUGCAGGAUUAGCUGUGUUGUUGGUUUUUUUUUUUUUUUUCUCCUGUUUAAUCUCAGUGUUUCCAGUAGGAAGAAGAUAGUUAUCUGUGGGUAACUGUAUGCUUAAGUAGUAUAUUGCAUAAAAUCUAUGUGCCCUAGCAUACAUAGUAUAGCAACAACUAUUGAGCUCUACUCUAAAUUAGUAAAAUUGCAUAAAGUCUUGUAUAAUCUGUGUACUCAGAGUUUACGAUUAUGUCUAUAUAAAAUUCUAGCUCUGUAGUUCUCAACUGGGGGUGAUUUUGCCCCCCCCAAAAGACAUUUGGCAAUGCCUGGAGACAUUUUUGUUUGUCAAAACUGGGCAGUGGGGUACGUUGCUACUGGCAUGUAGUGGAUGGAGGCCAGGGACGCCUACAUCCUGCAAUGCGUGGGGCAGCCUCCCACACGAAAGAGUGAUCCAACCCCAAUGUCAAUAUUACUGAGGUUGUUAAACCCUGUCCUAGCCUGACUGAGCACCUCUAGCUUUGUUUCACAGUUUAUUAAAAUCUUAGAUAUUUAUGUGGGAGUUACUUAAAUGGCUCCCCAAAUUAACUAUGAAACAUUACUGUGUAGUAUAUUGAAUAUAGGAAGUGAUGAAGAUUAUAGGUAUUUUAUUCCUGUGUUUCCAUCUAUAAAUAACCUGGGACUCAGAAAACAAUACAGGGAACAUCAGAGAUUUGGCUAAAGCGGGUCACUUUGAAAAGCAGUUCACUUGCCUAGCUUUAGAAGCAACACAGUUUUUAAGCUUUUGUUUCCCUUCCUUUGAAUCUUAGCUGAGAUACAAAAAUUGUCAUUGCAACCAUGUGCUGAAAUCUUAAUGUAAGUGACUGGCUGAAGCUAGUACAAAUGGUACUAAUUAAAAAAUGGUACCAGUAGUCGAUGAGCUUGAACUCCAUGUGUGGUUAUUUGAUUUUUAAAAUAGGUAAUAGCUACUUGGAAGUGGGAGUGGGGGUGGGGGGGAGAAUCCUUUGUAUCUGAUAGUAAUGAUCAUGAUGAAAUAAUAAUAUUAGCUGUGUGUUAUGAAUUAGGGAGGCAUUUACUGCACACCAUCUGAUCUAAUCUGCAGAGCAAGUGGAGAGCAGUAUCUAUUAUUAUUCCUGAAUCUGAAACUUAGGGAAGUCACACAGUGAGUAAAAGGCUGAUUUCAUAUAUCACGGUGUAUUUUGUCUUUGCCCCUCCCUGAGCAACAGAAUUUGUAUCUUCAGUCCCUUUGGUGUUUAUUCUGAGACCAGGGGCUUGCUUUAUCUGGUGAUUUGCCUUCAGUCCCCUGAAGGUGCUUUUCCCAUAAUCCAGGUGAUUCUAAUACACACUGAAGUUGAGAACCAUGGCACGAGAUCACUUUGUAUUUUCGCAUUUCCAGGGCUGAUACGUAGACUUCAUACAUCUCUUCUCUUGACAGAUUCUACCUUGAUUCUGCAAAUGUUCCUUGUUAAUUUAAGAAUGUCUUGAAACCAUAUGUGAUAUUUGAGUCUGGGUAUAUAAGGGCAAAAUAUACUUCUGUUUAGUUAC